UCGCUUCCAGAAGCUCGCUCAAAAAUUUUGGCUGCACCAGAAUUUAUCACGCCUUUAGUGUAUAUACGUAAUUUGAAGUUUUAAAAUCGGUGGCGCAAUUGAAUUCUCAGCUGUAAACAUGGAUAGAUGGUUCGCACCUGCUCUUAGUGGUAUGGAUACAGAGUUUUCUGACUGUCGCAUUUUAGUAGGAUCCAAAAUAUUCAAGUGUCACAAGCUAAUUCUGGCAUGUGCCUCAGAUGUCUUUAAGCGCAUGAUGUUGAUUGAGUGCAAGGAAUCAAUUUCUGGUGACAUAUUCUUAGACGAUGUAACGCCAGAGACUUUUGAAAUAUUUCGUCAAUAUAUUUACUCCUACAACACCGUCAAACUGAAUGAACAUGACAAUGCAACGUUAAUGGAUCUAUACCUAUUCGGUAACAAAUUUCUUGUACCUUCAAUAAGCAACGAUUGUUUGAAGUUGUUGAUCGAUCGUACCCGUGCCAUGAAAGACGAAGAACUUGUUGAGAUUUUUGAAUUCGCUUUCAACCUCGACGACAAGACUCUUUUUCAAACAGUUACUACCUGUUUAAAUCGCUCAAAUCAGAAGAUAAAUAACCGAGUUUUUCUACUAGGCUCUGAUAUUUUCAAGGAAUAUAUGGCCACCGUAGCUAAGAAUGAACGGGUAUUGUCAAAGUUUCGAGCAAUUGAAAAAUACCUGGAAAUCAAUGGUUUUCUAGAUUAUAUUAACUUAAAAGAAGAGCCACAUGAUGCCAACAAUAAAACAAAUCUUAAUGAUAAAAAUGCGACAGAGGAUUGUCACAAAAUUGUAUUAAAACAAUCAAAUCCUAUGGAUAAUGACUCAAAUGAGGAUGCUUCUCAAAAGGAAAACAAAUCAGAUUUUAAUGAAGCGAAUGUGGAAAACGAGAAUAAAAUGUUAAAAAACAAGAUCGACCCAAAGCCAAAAGCAGAAUUCAUCAAAUCUUUACUAGAAUCUAUAGAUUACUCAAAAAUGACUGGGUAUGACUUUUAUCAAGGUCCUGGAAAAUCCAGUUUAUUUACAUAUCAGUUUAAAUUUGAAACUCUUAACAAUAUAUUUAAAAAAUCAAAUUCAGAAUACGUAAGAGGAUGCCGAAAUGGUUAUUAA